AUGACAGUUGAUGGCGGUACGAAUAAAGCUAUCAAAUCUAAACCUGUAUCAAAAAUACCCCCAACCAAAGGAGGGAGGGCAGACACACCUACACCUAUAACAAAGCCUGUAAAGAAAAGAGGUGUCAUAGGGAGUGAAACAGAGGAGACUGAGGAAUCUGAGAGCGAAGGAGAGAGUUCAGUGGAGGAGAGCGAAGAGGAGGAGCAAGUUUGUAUUGAGGAGACAACUGAGACAGAAGGGCUCGAGACAGAGGCGACACAGGAUAGCAGCGAAGAGGAGGUUGAGGUGUCAGACACGGAGAGAAGCACAGAGGGGCAGGUUAAGGAAGAAUCAGAAAAGGAACCUCCAGUAGAGGAGGAAUCAGAAAAAGAACUUCCAGUGCAAAUCAGGAAACGAGGGGAACUUGAAGAGGAGCCAGUCAGUACCAGUGAGGAAGAGGAGGAAGAGGAAGAAUCAGUGGCAGUGACCAGCGAUGGGGGUGAAUCUGAGAAGGUAACUUCAAGAAAAAGAGGGUCGCCCAAGAAAGCCACCGCUGUACCACCACUCAGUUUGACGACCAGCGUCACUGCACCGGCAGGGUGUCUGAAAUCCAAGAUGUUCAUGAAGAAAAAGGGCCAGGCUGAAGAGAAGGUUGACAAACCUAAGAAGGCCCAGAAACCCACGAAAGCAGAGAAGAAGAAAGCUGAGAAAGCAAAGAAAGCUGAGAAAAAGAAAGCAGAAAAAGCUGAGAAAAAGAAAGGGAAAGGGAAACAGAAAGCCACUCCAGCAGAGGAAGAAGCCCAGCCUCUGAAAGACGUCUCCCUCAGCAAGGCUGACGCUGCAAAACACAAGGCCCAGAUCCUGAAGCUAGCCAAACAAACAAAAACCUCCAUCAAAGACAAGAAUGCUUCGUCUUCCCCAUUGGAGUUGCAGGAGGAUGAGGCUGCCUCAACUUCAUCCAAAGCCUCUAAAGGCCUAUCACGGGUGAUGCUAUUGAAAUCAAAAGGAAAUGACCGCCAAGCCUGUCUGGGUGAAGGAGAACAUGAACAAGUGAAAGAGGAGCAACAAGAUGGUGAAGGAGAAGCCAAACAGGGGAGCAGGAAAAACAUUGGCCUGGUCCUGGGCAGAGUCAAGAUGGCAUCUGUUCGACAAAGGAGCAAUAAAAUGCUGGUCAGGCCUGGAGAGGAAGCAACUACAGCCGGGUCGACAGAUCCAGUCUCAGCCAAACCCACGGACAGUCUCGUCACUCGUAGGAAAGGUGUGACGACUCUACGCCACGUCUCGGGUUGGAUCAGGGGGAAGAUGCCCAAAGGGUUCAACCUGAGGAGUAAACUGAAAGUAGUGACCCAGGCCAUUGGCUUCUCCCGUUGGCUCCCUCUCCAAGCCAUCAAACAGAGGGAGGGAGCCACUAGCUCCAAACACAGCCUGCUUAAACAUCGGAUGGCCAUGCGUGUGGCUAGUAAGACCAGCCUGGCCAGCAAGAAGAACCGAACCUCUGGAAACGGAGCCGAAGAUAAGUCUACUGUCACCCAGAAGAGGCAAGCUGGGGAGUCUGGUGACGACCCCCACUCCACCUCCCCUCCAGCAGCCAUCGUGCUUCCCAGGAUGAACAAGCUGGGCAUGGGAAAGGCCAUAGGAAUUCUACCAUCCCAGACUGCUCAGCCAGCCUCCUCCACCACCCCAGGCUCCAGCACUGCUGUGGGAGCCACCCUCGAAGCACCCAAGCCCCCCAAACCAGGAGCCAGACUGGUACUCCCAGUCAAACCGGACCUCACCCUCCUCAAGUCCAUAAAGAAGCCUGUUCCUGGAGCAGCACCAGAGCCAAAGAGGACUGAAAGUACAAAUGGGAGCACAGGAGCACAGAGACCCACACCGGACAGCAGCAACGAGGACAGGAAAAGGGAGGCGGCACUUAAAGGCAAUGAGGGUUUCAGCAUCCUCCAGGCAGCCAGGGGCAAACUGGGCAACGAUCAAUUCAAAUUGACCAAGCUAUCCAAGCCUCUUACUACUACUGCAAUAGAAGUAGGACCCAGCCGUGGAGCUAUAGUCCCAGACAGGGAGACAGGGGCUGGGUUUGCCGGACCCCCCACUGAUGGUCCUGAGUCUGGAGAACCUGUCAGACUGACUGGAGAACCAUCCAGAGUUGGGUCUAGGGUGGGGUCGUACUAUGAAGAAGAGGCUGAUCGAGAGGUGGCCCAGCUGAUGGGAGGGGGGGGGCUGUACCCUGUCGGCCCUCUGGAGGUGCACUGGGCUGGGACGACUCGUAUGAGCGGAGACCCCCAGGACUGGCUGCGAGCGGAUACCCUCCUGCCCCACCAGACAGUGGAGAAGCUGACCAAGUGGACGGUGUACGAGGAUGGGAACCAGACCAGGACUGUACCGACCCACAACGGGAGAGGACCCUGGGAGUCUGAGGACCCUGCUCAGGACAUGCUGGAGAGUCGCCUCAAUAACACAACGGUCGCGAUGCCAGGGUCUGACCAGGCUGUGGAGGUGGACGAGGUGGAGGAUCUAUCCCAGCUUGAGGAGGUGUGUGAGAGCUCUGUGCUGCUGAAUCUGAAGAAGAGGUUUCACCGGGACUCCAUCUACACGUACAUAGGUAACAUGCUGCUGUCACUUAACCCCUUCAAGCCCCUUGACCUCUACACAGAGGACCUCCGACAGCAGUACCAGGGCAAGGAGCAGAAACGCAACCCUCCCCAUGUCUAUGCCUUCGCCGAUGCAGCCUUCAGCCAAUCUCAGAGCUCACCACAAGAGCAGUGCAUCGUCAUAAGUGGUCAGAGUGGAUCAGGUAAGACCGAGGCCACCAAGCUUAUAGUCCACUACCUCAGCUCCAUGUACCAAGGCAGGAACAACAACCUCAGACAGCCCAUGGAGGUGCUGCCGAUUCUAGAGAGUUUUGGUAAUGCCAAGACCAUCCUCAACAACAACUCUAGUCGCUUUGGCAAAUACCUUCACGUCCACGUUCUCCAGGGUGUGGUGGUGGGGACUUCGCUGUCAAAGUACCUUCUUGAGAAGUCACGCGUUGUCUUCCAGGCCAAUGAGGAGAGGAACUACCAUGUGUUCUAUGAGCUGCUGGCGGGGAUGAACGACUGGGACAAACAGGAGCUCUAUCUGCAGGGAGCAGAGACAUACUACUACCUCAACCAAGGCGGGUCCUGUGAGCUGAAGGGGAAGCUGGACAAACAGGACUUCCUGUUGUUGGCCCAGUGCUUUGAGACGAUUGGUCUACAUGCCGACCAGAUCUCCACAGUCUGGGCCAUCCUCUCCUCCAUACUACAGCUGGGGAAUAUCUGCUUCAGUUCCUACGAGGUGUGUGUGAGAGAGUGGAGUGAGUCGUUUGAGGUGGCCCGUAUCUUCAGUGAGGCAGAGGCCAGGAGAGUAGGUUCUCUCUUGCAGGUGUCUUCAGAGGCCCUACAGACUGUCAUCACACACAAAGUCACGGAGACAACCUAUGACAGGAUCUACUGCCCCCUGUCUGUGGAAAGUGCCAUAGAAUCCAGAGAUGCCAUAGCCAAGGCCCUGUACUCUGUGUUGUUCGAUUGGCUGUUGGAGCAGAUCAAUGAUUGGCUGAGCCCUACAGAAAUGGACAGCACCGUGGGAAUAGUGGACAUCUACGGCUUCGAGGACCUGGGAGUGAACAGCUUUGAACAGCUGUGUAUUAACUUUGCCAAUGAGCAGCUGCAGCACUUUGUCAACAAGGCUGUGGUGACCCAGGAACAGGAAGAGUACAGUACAGAGCAGAUCCAGUGGUACCCCGUCCCACUGCAGGACUUCCACUCCUGUCUGGACCUCAUCUCCUCCAGACCACAUGGUAUCCUCCGUAUACUGGAUGACCAGACCUGCCUACCCCAGGCCACCGACCACACCUUCCUCCAAAAGUGCCACUAUCACCAUGGGAACAGCCCACACUACACUAAGCCCAAGAUCCCUCUGCCUGUCUUCACUGUGUAUCACUACGCCGGAGCUGUCACUUGUCAUUCCUGUAGUCUUAAGGGGAAUCAACCCAUCACUCACUCAAUCACCCAUUCAAUCAAUCAAUCGGUCUCUGUAUCUCAGAUGGUGUCAGGGCUGUUCCGUAAGGUGCAGGAUAAUUACCUGCAGCAGAGAGAGUUGGGCUGGAGGGGUAAAGGUCACAGGCAACAGCCCUCCACGGUGGCAGCACACUUCCAACAGUCCCUGACUGAGCUCACCACACGACUAGAGAGGUGUAAAACCACCUUUAUUCGAUGUUUCAAGCCAAAUUAUGUCAAGCUUCCCGGUAUCUUUGAUGUGGACUAUGUGUCAACCCAGCUGAGGCAUGCUGGGAUACUUGAGACCAUCACCAUCAGGAAGGAGGGAUUCCCCAUCCGCAUCCCCUUCUCCUUCUUUAUGGAGAGGUAUGGAAUCCUCCUGGUGGAGCGACCAGCCACCAUGUCUGAUAAGGAGCAGACCGUGGCGUUGCUGAACUUUGUAGGGGCUGAUGAGGGACAGUACCAGCUAGGACUCACUAAGGUGUUUCUGAAGGAGGUGCUGUAUCAGCGUGUGGAGGACAAGUGGAACAGCACUCAGACCUGGGCUGCGGUUACCAUCCAGAGGAACAUCAGAGGGUUCAUCUGCAGGCGCAACUUUAGGUUCUUCAAACAGAAGGCCAUUGUCAUCCAGAGCCACAUACGAGGACAUCAGGCCAGGCAGUAUUACAAGCGUCUGAGACUGUCCUUCACUCAGUUCUGGGCUGCAAUGAUGAUCACCAGGAACACAAUCAAGAGACGACAGUGGAGGGAACAAGAGAGGAACGAGAGGAGCACGGUGAAACCCAACACUGAGACUGAAGAUCACACCUCCACAGGAAUGGAUGUGGGAAUGUUGGAGAUCCCAGCUGAGCUGUCGGCCAGACUACGCAGCGCAGCAGGGCGGCAGCAUGGCUCUGGGGUAACAGAGGUGGCGCCUCCACAGGUGAAAGCAGGACACGCCCUCACCCUGCCCCUCGAUAUAGACAGCUACCCCUUCUCACGAUACGCCAACACUACGCUGAAGGAUGGCUGGUGUCAGCCGCAGGGCUACUCCCUCCUGCGACCUCUGACCUAUCUGGAGCCUGAAGACGCUUGCAUCGCUCUGGAGAUCUACAAACUGAUCCUGCGCUUUGCAGGGGACAGUGAUCUGAGUGGCUGGCAGGAGCAGAUGUUGGGGAACUACAUUGUGGAGCAGGGCCUUACCAGACCCCCCCUGAGGGAUGAGAUCCUAGCCCAGAUAGCUUACACCACCUGGGGCAGGGAGUCAGAGGAGGGGUCCCUACGGGGCUGGUUGUUACUAGCCUGCUGCCUCAGUGCCUUCACCCCUUCCCCAGCCCUUGACAAAUCCUUGCUCAAGUAUGUGUCUGACAAGGGUCCAGGUGAAUAUCGUUCUCUGUGCCAGCACAAACUCCUCACCUCCCACCACCUACCCUCCCCCACCUCCCGCCUCCACCCGCCCUCCCAGCUUGAGUGGACAGCCAAUCAGAGGAGAGGAAAGAUGGUUCUGGACGUACACACCUUCAACGAGGAGAAGAUUACAGCUGAGGUAGAGUCCUGGACCACAGGAGAGCAGCUGGCCUCGUGGCUGCUCCACUUCAGAGGGUUAGGUGAGGCUCCUCGGGGCUGGUCUGUGUCUCUGCUGGCUGAUGAGGGCUGGUCUGACCUGCCUGGAUGUGACUUUGUCAUGGACCUGUUGGCUGGAGGAGAGACUGAUACUACACUGGGGACCGCACACACACCCACUGACUACCUGUUCAACAACGAGGGAAACCGGAUGAUAACAGAUCUAGAUGGGUUCAUCCCCCCGGCCCCCUCCAUGCAGGCCCCUGGUCUCCCCCAGCAGGAGGCCCACUGGGACGGCGGAGACUACCAGCCGUCAGAGGGUUCUCGUGGUCGUCAGAUGGAUGCUUAUCUGGAUGACCUCUUUGACCCAGUGCUGGACCAGGGACCAGGGGACAGGGAGCGUAUGGCCAUUUUGAACAGGAGGAUGAGAGGAGGAGGAGGGAUGUAUGGAGCAGGUGUCCCAAUGACAAUGCCAGGUUAUUCUAUGGGAAUGCCGAUGAACCCUGCCAUGCAAGGCUACGGGGCUCAGAUGAUGCCAAGUAUGAUGCCAUCUGCCCCCAUGCCUAUGAUGCCAACCAUGAUGAUGCCCCAGCCAGCUGCACCUGCCGUGGACUCCCAGCAGAUGGCAGCACAGCAGCAGGCUUUCAUCAACCAACAGGCCCUGCUCAUGGCCCAGCAGAUGACAAUGCAAGCCAUGACCAUGUCCCAGCAGCAGGCUCAGGAGCAGCAGCAGAGACAGCAGCAGCAAAGACAGCAGCAGCAGAGACAGGAGCAGCAGCAGCAGAGACAGGAGCAGAGACGCCAGGCUAACCGAACCGCCACACCCCCCCGCGCCCCAUCACCCCCCCCCACCCCCACUCCACACAAAUCCCCCCACCCCACCACCGCUAUGCACACCCAGCCAGAUGAAAACACAGCCACAGCACCAUAUCCGGAGAGGGAUGUGGACUUUGCCAGUCCAGACCAGCGUGAGUCUUUCAAGGUGAAGAGAGAGUUUUUCCAGAAGAUUGACCCAUCUGCCUGUGCUGUCAUUCACUCUGUCAGGUUCUCAGCCCAAGCCAGCAGCCAAACCGUUAAAGCCUCGCCCUGCUCCCAGCAGCCCCCCCAAACAGACCCGGCCCCGCACCCCCUCUCCACCCCCAGCCCCCAGGACUUUGCAACCUCCCCCUCUCCUCCUGCCAGAGACCCAUACCCCCAGCCCCCUGCCUCCCCGCCCCCGCCCACCACCAGCAUCCGUGACAUCAUCAAACAAUACCAGAACCGCCCCGCCAGUGACCCCAGACCCUUCGAGCCCGUCAGGGUUCCAGCCCGGUCGUUUGUAAAGAAGAAUGAUCCUAAAGAGGAGGCCUUGGCGAUCCUCAUGAAUAAAGGACCUGUACAACAGCAGAGAAAGUGGGCCCCUCCUCCCCCCAUCCAGAGGGAGCCCCCCCGUCAGAGACAGCCUGGCAAUCCAGCGUGGCAAUCCUCUCCUCCCUCCACCAGAGGGCCUCGCUCAAUCUCCAACAGCAUGAAGCAGAAACAGCGCUCCCUGGCCGACCUCUUUGGCACGCAGGGUCGUUCCAAGAACCUUCCGCCUGCUCCACCCAAGUCCACCCCUCCUUAUCCCCCAGCCAUCUUUGAAAGCUUGCCAGACCCUCCCGCCAAGGCUGCCCCCACACUCAAUCUGUCUGGGGAGGAGAGUGUUCGCUCCCAGCUCCACAGGUUCUCUGCCAGCGUCUACUUCUCCAACUCUGCCAUGCCUGGCAAACUGUUCCUACGCAAGGAGGUGUUUUACCCCAGAGAGGGGUUCAACCACCCCUACAUCCUCAACCUCCUUUGUGAGCAGAUCAUGAGAGACACGUACUCUGACACCUGUGUGAGGAUCACCAGAGAGGACCGGAGAAAAAUGAAAGACCUACUAGCCAGUUUCCACGUGGGCACCAGUAUCAGCUCGCUUCAGGACGACACUAUGAAGAAGAGGAUAGUGAUGGCUGCCAGGGACAACUGGGAAAACUACUUCACACGACUCUUCCCUGUCAAAGGUGGUACCAGCGGAGACACCCAGCUGUUGGGCGUGUCUCAUCGUGGGAUUCGACUGAUGAAGGUGGCCAGAGCAUCAGGCAUAAACCCCAAACACCUGCGCCUGCUACGGAGCUACAGCUAUGCAGAGCUGCUGUCGGUGGAACUGCGGUCUGCCGACAUCGUGGAAUUCAGUCUAAAGGGAGAGCAGCUACAGCUGCAGAGCAACAGGGCUCCACAGAUCACUGCCAUGGUCAGCCUGUUCCACCAAGAACUCAUCAAUGGCUCAGAUCAUGUGAUUGCCCUGAAGAGCUUUGUGACCGACGACAAGAGCCUGCUCAGCUUCCGCAAGGGUGACGUCAUCAAACUGCUGCCCAUUGACGGCCUCCAGCCAGGUUGGUGUUUCGGUUCCAUCGGGGGGCGCUCCGGCCUCUUCCCCAUCGACGUCACUCAGCCGUCUGCCCCUCCUGACUACCACCACGUCCACCUUGACCGCCUCGACGAGAGGAGGAAGAGCAUGAGAGCCCCCAAGCCGCCCGCUGCCACUAGACCCCCAGCUCCCAGGUCCACUCCCCACACUGGCUCAGCACAGCCCAGCCAAGGGAGCUCCAUGCUGGGGUCAGCUCGUUCCAUCCAAGUAUCUGUCCAGGGCAGUGAGAUGAGUGACGCCCAGACAUUCCGGAUGACAGCGUUUGCCAUGAAAUACUUCAGAGACACUGCCACCAGAAUGGAGGGUAAAGGUCUGCUUAAUGGAGGUAUAAACUUCUCAGAGGUGCUUCAGUACACAGAGGUUCCUAUUCAGGAAUCCCUCAUCCUGUACAAUGAUCCUGAGCUCAAUGGCCUGGCUGUCCAGGCCUUCCUGAGUGUGAUGCAGUUCAUGGGAGACCAGCCUCUUGGGAGGCACACGUCUGAGGGAGACUGUGUCAGCCAUAUCUUGAUGUUAGGGAAGGAGAAAGAGUUUCUGAGAGAUGAGAUUUACUGCCAGGUGAUCAAACAGAUCACAAACAACACGCACAAAGAGAGAUGUACCCGGGGUUGGCUUCUGUUGAACCUGGUAGCAGGGUUCUUCCCCUGCUCUGGCACUCUGAACCCCUACAUCACAUGUCAUCUACAAAACAUCAGCCAAGACCCCACACACCUCUACCAAGAGCUGUCUCAAAACUGUAAGGAGAGCAUGUUCGGGACUCUGAUCCACGGUGGUCGCAGACACGUCCCCUCUCACGCAGAGAUGGAAGCCAUACUGGCCGGCAGACAAUCUCGUCGGUUCCCCAUCAAGCUGCCAGGCGGAGUGGAGUUCAUCUGUAAGAUACGCAGCUUCAGCGUGGCUCUAGAGGUGGUGGAAGAGCUGUGUACAGAGAUGGGCAUCCAGGACCCGUCAGAAGUCAAGGAGUUUUCUAUCCAUGCCAUUCGGGACAAGGAUGGGAUGGUGCGGCCUCUCCACUCAGAUGAGUACCUGUUUGACUUCCUAUUGGACGACGGCUCCAUCGUCUUGUCCUUCCACCGCGUCAUAUGGACACACCCACUUCACUUCGACAACGACCUCUACCUGGAGUUCCACUUCCAACAGGUCCUGGGUGACUACCUGGAUGGCAAACUGAUCCUGCCAGGCAGUGGUGCCGCUGUCGUCCAGCAGACGGCAGAGCUGGCUGUCCUGCAGCACCUGGCACAGGGCCUCACUCAAGAGCCUUCUGUGCUAGAACUGAAGGGGUACCUCCCCCAACAGGAAGGGGGCAGCACCAACCUGGAGCAGAUCCACACCAUCUCCCUCAGAGAGAUAACCUCCAUGCGCUCCCUCAGCCCCCGCGACGCCAAGGCACGCUUCCUCGAGAGCCUGAGCUCCCUGCCUCUGUUCGGUUCUAAUAUCUUCCUGGCUCAGAAGGUCAGCCAUCGCAGCUGCCCCUCGCCCUGCCUGGUGGCUGUCAACCAAGAAGGAGUGCUGUUCUGCCAUCCCAAUAUGCAGGAGCGGGCAUUCAUGAUCCCAUUGGUGGAAGUGCAGUCACUGCGCUCAGUUAAACCCAAGAAAGACAAGAAGGUGCCUGGAGUGGAGAUCAAGUACGGCAACCCAGGACUAAAAACCAUCACCAUCCACCUCAAACAGGCCAAGAAGCUGUGCCACAUCAUUGCUGUCAUCAUGGAGGAGCUGGUGAGACCACCCAUCAAUAGCUCUGUCUCCAGCCGCAACCCCUAGACACACACACACACACACACACGCACGCACACACACACACCUGCAGUUGGAUAGGAAACAAGUUCUACAACUGUCAAUCAUUGAUUCAUAUACGCAAUGAAAGCGAAUCACUUUCCACAUCUACCAUUCCUUCUCCUGUGUCAGUGAUACUCCAGUUGGUGAUUGAUUGAUGAAAAUGGUUGAGAAAUGAAUUCUAUCCACUACAGGUUUCAUUUUCUGAAUUUCCCAACAAACACGCACUCAGAGAGGGAGCCUAUUGAUAAGUGGACCUGCACUGAUAAAUAUCAAAACAAAUCAAUGCCUUCAGAUUUUUAUCUAAAACAUUUCAUUAUUUAAAAAAAACAUCACAGCCUUUGAAUACCAAUGAAUGUCCAAAUUUGAACAUUGCUUUGUACGUGUUAGGUUUCCGUGCAAUAUAUCUUUAUAUAACCGAUUUAUCAAUGUGUUUCUUUGUAGUAAAUAUUUUUGUAAUUUAAAUCAAAUUAUUUUGUAGAUGGAUGAAACUGUUCUUGUUUACUUUGUGUAUAACUAUUAAAAAGUAUUGCUGAAUAAGGCAGUUUCAAUUA